CGUCCGUCGUCUCGCACACCAUGGACAGCCCCCCUCCCCUGAACGAAAAAGCGGGCGACUGGUCGGACGACGCCCGCGAUGCCGCGAACCCGGUCGUGGAGAGCGCGGAGUGGGCCCUGAAAGAAUGCAACGUCGUGCAGAUCAACGACGCGGGCGUGGCGGCGGCGGCAUCGCAUAUCCAUGCCCGCCUCGUCUCCGAAUCCUACACGCCCCGCACGUGGCGCACGCACCCGCUGCAUCUCUGCCCGCCCGAGCCCUACGAGGCGUCCGACCCGCGCAUCCUCGCCGCGCUGCACUGGCUCUUCUUCGUCUCCUCCCUCAACUUCAGCUUCUGGUCCCCGCGCGAGGGCCAGCCGGACCGCUACGGCGUCGAGUGGCGCACGGGCUGGGGCCGCGACGACCGCACCGUGUGGACGGGCUACUGGAGCCUUCUCGCCGCGGUCAACAGAGCGCUCGAAGAGGGCAUCCCGAUCACCGACCCCGCGUUCUACGUAAAUGAGAGCCUCUGCCCCGACAGCCUCCUCGCGCACGUCUUCCGCCCCGCCGAGCGCUGCGCGGAGCCGAUCCCGCUCCUGCAGGAGCGCAUCUCCAUCCUCCGCCAGAACGGCUUCAUCCUCUGCGCCGGCUUCGGCGGGUCCUUCCAGGGCUUCAUACACGAAUUCCACAGUCGACACGGGAGCGCCGGUACAGCGCUGCAGCUCGUCCAGAUGGUCACCGACACCUUCCCGUCCUUCCGCGACGAAGUAUGGCUGCACGGCCGAAGAGUCGUCCUCUGGAAGCGCGCGCAGAUCCUCGCAGCCGAGACCUGGGCCGCGUUCUACCCCGCCGGCCGCGCGCAGGCGCACCCGCUGCUGCCGGGGGGCGUCGGCCAGCUGACGAUGUUCGCCGACUACCGCGUGCCGCAGAUCCUGCACCACCUGCGCAUCCUCGCGUACCCCGCGCCGCUGCUGCAGCGCCUGCGCGCGCGUGCGCCGCUCGCGCACGGCUCGCGCGAGGAGGUCGGCAUCCGCGUGGCGAGCGUCGUCGCCGUCGAGCGCGUGCGGCGCGCGAUCGGCGCGCUCAGGGCGGCGCGGGCGCAGGGACGGCGCGGCGAGCGCCUGGAGGAGGACGCGGACGGGGAGGACGAGGAGGAGGAGAUCAGCAGCGUGCUGAUCGACUUUUAUUUGUGGGACGUCGCGAAGAGGCUCGAGCGGGGCGAGGAGCGGAUGGACGGGGUGCAGACGGACGAGGUGGUCCCGGCGCACCGGACGCGGAGCAUCUGGUACUGACGCGCGCGCGUCGGAUGGAGAAAGUAUCUUACUUGGAUCAGCGCCCUAUUUAACCUUACUAGUCCUAUCGGGGAACUUCUUGCUAUAUCAUACCUGUCGUGCCUAAUUCUUGCGAUGCGAAGAGAGCGGUGUCAAGUCUACUACUAUCAUUGGACGGGUGUUCGUUUUGGGAUCAAUAAAAAAUCCAUUGUCCCAC